AAAGGCAGAAAAUUUGUAAAAAAUUAAAGUUUGUGGCAAGUUUUCGAUAAAUACAUUUUGUACAAUUCAAAAUGUACUUCCUAUGCUGAAUUCUUUUAUAAUUCCACCUGCAGGAAAAAAGCCAUGAUGGGAAAGUACGACGGGCCCCCAGAGAAUAUCCAUAAUCGUAGUAACACGAAUCCGACAUCCAUAUCCUUGGUGCCGCCACCAAUGUAUCAGGUGGCCACUUCCACUUCGUCCGCUACAACACGAAGAACAAUCGAAAACGCACCAAUGCUUAAUAGUACUGUUGGACCAACAUCCACCGCGGUCGCCAACAACAGUAGUCCAGAAUCAAGCGUUAAACAACUAUCUCCGCAAUAUCAAUGUCAGCAGUGUCUGAAAUUCUUCAAUAGUACUUUUAGUCUAACGCUGCAUAUGAAGUGGCACGAGCAAAACGAGCAACAAGCUACCACCAGCAGCAGCUCGGGGUACAAUGGACAGAUAGUUGCUGUGAACAACAUCAAAACCGAACCCCAACCGUUUCAAAUUAUCACACAAACGAUCUAUCCCGGCACGUUCCAGGUGGUCACAAAUGUCGGUCAGGCUUGCCAAGUUUGUCAGAAGGUGUUCAGUACUGCCGAGCAGUACCAUACUCAUAUGAAGAUUCACGAAAGCGAAUAUCGCAAUCGAGCACUGUACCAAUCUAAUUCUACGAGCGUCGAUCCGCAAGUAGCUCAGCCGCCGGUUAAAGAAAAAGAGCCAGAAGAAUUCGAUGGGAAGCCACUGGACUGUAUUGUGUGCCAUCAAAAAUUCCAAACGGCGACUCUGCUGGCCGUUCACUUGCGGGAGCACAGCACUCAGAAGCCGUACGCUUGCAAUGUUUGCGGAAAAGGUUUCAUUCAAUCGAACAACUUAUCCACCCACAUGAAGGUGCAUUCGGGACAGAAACCAUUCAAAUGUGACAUUUGUAAUAAAAACUUUAGUCAAUCGAACAACUUGAAGACACACGUUCGAACUCACACAAACGAGCGGCCAUACGCAUGUACAAUCUGCGAGAAACGGUUCAAUCAGAAGAACAAUCUGACCACCCAUAUGCGAACGCACUCGCUGGUUUGCCGGAUCUGCCGGACUCCUUUCCAGAACACAACGGAACUAACCGAGCACAUCCGUAUUUGCUACGCGGACCAGAAGCCGAAUAUCUGCACGAUCUGUAACAAGGUUUUCGUCGGCAUCGAGGAACUAACCGAACACAUGAAACAGCAUAAUCAAGCUAAGCCACAUAAAUGUCAAAUCUGUCUGAAGUCUUUCACGCAGUCCAACAAUUUGAAAACGCACAUGAAAACCCACAUCUUCCACGAUCCGUUCAAAUGUUCCUUCUGCUCACGUUCCUUCCCAAAUCAGGAAGAAUUCGAACGCCACUCGUUGGUGCACUCUUCGCCGAAACCGUUCAGCUGCCCUUACUGUGGCAAACAGUUCAUUCAAUCGAACAACUUGAAAACGCACGUCCGGACCCACACCGGCGAGAAACCGUACAAAUGCUACAUCUGCGACCGACUGUUCAACCAGAAGAACAACCUCAACACCCACAUGCGAAUCCACCAGGGUCUCAAACCGUACCAGUGUACGGUGUGCGAGAAGCGCUUCAACCAGAGCAACAAUCUGAACAAACACAUCUACAAGGUGCACUGUCACGAGAAGAUGCUCGGCGGCGCUCCUCAGAUGCCGCCGAUUGAAGCUGUUAACGUCGUUGGAGUACCAUCAGGAGCAGCAGCAGCAGCAGUAGCCGGUAUUGCAACGCUCGACGGGGUCGGUACGCCGAGCUGAGUGGGCUGAAUGCAUGAAUGGAAUGGUCCAACUUUUGGAGGUAAAUUUUAAAUGUUAUAAAAAAACUCAGCUUAGACUGGUAGUUGCUCGUAUUAAUAUGAUGAUGAUGAAAAAUA